AUGUAUUACACUGUUGAAACUAGUGAAACUGAGCCAUCAAUUCUCAUCGAACGUUUCAAACAAUCUUGUCAGAAGAGACAGUUCGGAGUUUUGAUUUCUCAUAAUUUCAAGCAAAAAUUCAAUGAAAAACAAAUUGAAUAUGAUGAGGAAUGUAUAGUGUGCGAGAUUUGUAAUCCUGUGAUUGCUUCGUCUGUUGUGAAAUCGAACAGAAUGAUUGCUUUGGCACUUCCUUGUAGAGUAAUGAUCUAUUCUGAAGUAAAAGGUGGACCAUUAAAGAUGACAACGAUGUUACCAACUCAAUUAAUAGGAAUGAUUGAUUCUGAUAAUGAAACAGCAGCAAAGGAAGCCAAAAUCGUUGAACAGAUCAGUAAGGAAAUUAUGGAUGAUUGUAAAUAA